AGCCGGCUUUCACGCCGCCCGCAAAUUUUGGUUGUUGUGAUUGCGACACGUUACGGAUUUUCCUUUCUCUGCUAAAACUGGAACCGGAAAAUGCAACGCAAUGAUCAAGUGCAACCGUACGAUGAACAGCAGAAAAAUGCGAUGAACUACCAAUUCUCGCAAGAGGAGAUGCGCGUCCUGCGAGAAUGCAAUCGGGAAUCGUUCUUUCAACGUUCGCUUCCGCUCGGAACGGUGAUGGGAUUCGGAGCAUGGUAUGCCGUGCAAAAUAACUACCUAAAGGCAAGCGCCCGGUUCGGACCGGCACCAAAGGUGCUAAUUGGUGUAACGCUGGGCUACUUCAUCGGAAAGAUCAGCUACCAGAGCAAGUGUGCCGAGAAGCUCAUGCAGCUCCCCAACUCACGAUUGGCUGAUUUACUGAAGCAACGUCGCCUGGGAGGAACGGGAAUGACUGAUAAAUUCCUACCUGAUCAAGGAUUCGGUGCGAGCAGCAUGCUGACCCCGUUUGCCUCCACACCGUCACCCGAACGCCACGCCGACGAAUCGUUCACGAACAACAGUUCCCUCAAUCUGGAUUAUGAUGCACCACAGUACGCCGGCCUUGACGAUAGCGGACGUCCCACGCUCGAUUCGAUGAGCAUCCUCGACGAAGAUCUCCAGCUACCACCUGCCCCAAAAUCUUCGAAAACAUACGAAGAAUUACGGCGACAGAAUCGUGAGGAGUACGUGAAGCGUCACCAGCAACCAUACCGUCCGGCAACCGUCCUCGAGGAUAGUCCUCCGAUUCGACGAGACCCGGUAAUGGAUCGUAGACCGACUCCCGAUGAGCCAGCAGCUAGUCCACCUGGCGUCAAAAACAAGUACGGUGACUCAUGGUCACAAUAGAAGGAGCGCCGUCUCGCAUUUCUGUGUUUUGUUAGUGUGAGAGCAAAUAGUAGUUAUAUAUGGC